CCUCGUUUUGGUUCACCCUGCAUGUUUUGCUAUGUGAGGUCUCAAAUCAAUCCAAAAUUGGGCAAUUUUGCUCUUUUACAUAUACAGAGUGAGACGACGGCUAUUUGACCUUUGGAGGUUGCCAAAAGGCCAAACACGACACAGCUCAUAAAAUUCUGUCCUCCCUCGCCGGUCGGUCGCUUCUACCAAUGAAUGCCACAAGGUCCACACCCACCAAAAUCACAUCUCUCUGGGCCUCCUGCACCAGGGAAAAAGAAGAGUACUCAGUGAGAGAUGGGGAUGCAAUUACGAUGUGGGUGGAGUUACCGUGAUCACAAUCGUCUCAUGGUAAUGGUAUCAUCAUCAUCACCACAGUUACCAGUACCAUUCUCUUCGUUUCAAUUCUGCUCCCCGCCCUCUAUCAUAUUCCCCUCGGCCUCGGGCAAACACAAGGGUAAAGUAGCAUCAGCGGCAAUUGCUUUGGCGAGAAAGAAAAGGGGAUCGGGGUUGAUAGUCGCAUCCAGUUCUAGUGACGCAGCAGCGGUGUGGUGGGAUGGAUGGACGCCUGAUAAAGGAGCGCCCUCCCCCUCUCUCAGCGAUGUCUUCUGGCCUUCUGCAGGGGCAUUCGCAGCGAUGGCAUUACUGGGCAAGAUAGACCAAUUACUGGCACCCAGAGGUAUCUCCAUGACAAUUGCUCCCUUUGGUGCUGUUUGCGCUGUCUUGUUCGCCUCUCCCUCUGCUCCUGCUGCUCGGAAGUACAACAUGUUCAUGGCUCAAAUUGGUUGUGCAGCCAUUGGCGUUGUAUCAUUCACAAUUCUUGGCCCAGGUUGGCUUGCUAGGAGUGCAGCCCUUGCAGCAUCCUUAGCUUUCAUGAUCUAUACACGUUCCACUCAUCCACCUGCUGCAAGUUUGCCAAUAUUGUUCAUCGAUGGAGCCAAGUUGCACCAAUUACAUAUUUGGUACGCGUUGUUCCCUGGAGCUAUUGGGUGCAUGCUCCUCUGUCUCAUACAAGAGAUGGUGAGUUACAUGAAGGCGAAUUUCAGAUUUUGAUGGUUUAACUGAGCCCAUCAUAAGUAUGAUCUGAAGAGAAUAAUGGGUCUGAUGGGCCUCACAAAUACUGAAAUGCAGACCUACUCCAGUGCCAUUCUUCCAAAUGUAUAUUCAUGGAUCAACUGUUACAAAUUGGGUUUGUACUCGAAACCCGAAUGACAUGAUAUUCGGGUUUGAAUAAAUUAUUUUCAGCUGA